GACUGGUGAAACGUCUAAACGGAAAGCAAUAACGGCAGAGUGAAAAAUAGCUCAAGAAGAAAAAAAGUAAAUGCAAAAUAAAAAAUAAUGGGAAAAUAAAAUAUAAUUUAAGUAGAAAAGCAUUAGAGAAUAAAAAGUAGCAAGUCGAAUAGCAAUAAUAGUAAGAAUAAUAAUAAUAAUAGAAGAAGAAAGGCAAGCGUUUUGUGGCAGCUAAUAGAAAAUGAUAUAUAGUGAAGUGAGCGAGUCAGCGAGCGAGUGAGUUGUGGCAGCACGGAAGCAGGGAAGCAGUGGCAGCAACAGCAUUAUUGUACACACACCAAGUGGAAAGAAGUGAAAGAAAAAAGUUGAGAAAAUCUAAAACUCCACAAAAAACGGAGCAAAAGCGAAGUGUGUGGCAAGGAAUACGGGUCAAAAAGAAAUAAGAAAUAAAAAAUAAAAAAGAAAAAUAGAAAUACGAAAAAUUACAAAUACGAAGAAAAGGAAAUUCGAAAAAAAUCGCAGCAAAAAAGUGUUAAAAAUUUACAGUUGAAGUGUGAAAAGUUGUGCCGAAGCGCUGAAUGCAGGCGUGUGGAGCGGUGAGCAGCGUAAUUGGGGCAGCAGCAGCAGCAUUAACGGCAGCCAGGAAUUCGCGACACUAGUGGUGCCACAUAGAUGAUAUGUUAAACGCUAGUGACCAGCUACAGCGCCUAUGUCUACAAGAUGAACUACUGUUAACGGUACAAUACAAAUGCAGCAACAAUAUUUUAUUAUCACACGCAGGCGGCACAUUGAAACUGCAUAUCGCGACGGGAGCGUACAACAAUAACAACUGAAAGCUAUGAAUCUGAUAAAUAUGGAUUCGGAAAAUCGGGUCGUGCUGAAUGUGGGCGGCAUUCGGCACGAAACGUAUAAGGCUACAUUGAAGAAAAUACCCGCCACCAGGUUGUCACGCCUCACCGAGGCGCUAGCCAACUAUGAUCCCAUAUUGAAUGAGUAUUUCUUCGAUCGGCAUCCGGGAGUCUUUGCUCAAGUACUUAACUACUAUAGAACCGGCAAGCUGCAUUAUCCUACAGACGUUUGUGGGCCACUGUUCGAGGAGGAGCUCGAGUUCUGGGGCUUAGAUUCGAAUCAAGUCGAGCCAUGCUGUUGGAUGACAUACACGCAGCACAGAGACACACAAGAGACAUUAGCGGUAUUAGAUCGUCUGGAUUUAGAUACAGAAAAACCGUCCGAAGAGGAAUUGGCACGCAAAUUCGGUUUCGAAGAGGACUACUACAAGGGCACGCUGUCGUGGUGGCAAGAAAUGAAACCGCGCAUCUGGUCGCUCUUCGACGAGCCAUACAGUUCGAAUGCGGCCAAGACAAUCGGCGUAGUUUCGGUAUUCUUCAUUUGUGUAUCCAUAUUGUCAUUCUGCCUGAAAACACAUCCGGAUAUGCGUGUGCCGUACCUCGUUAAUACAUCGGUGAAUACAUCCAGCGGUAAUAUGGCUUGGUACAUCGAUAAACCACAAACAAAUGCACACAUAGCUUUCUUUUAUAUCGAGUGUGUUUGUAAUGCCUGGUUCACGUUCGAAAUACUGGUUAGAUUCAUAUCCUCGCCAAAUAAAUGUGAAUUCAUAAAGUCAUCUGUUAACAUCAUAGAUUAUAUAGCAACGCUUAGUUUUUAUAUCGAUCUUGUGCUUCAACGGUUCGCCUCUCAUUUAGAGAACGCCGAUAUUUUAGAAUUCUUCUCAAUUAUACGUAUUAUGCGUCUAUUUAAAUUGACGCGUCAUUCGUCCGGCCUUAAAAUUCUGAUACAAACGUUUCGUGCAUCGGCAAAAGAGCUCACGCUGCUGGUGUUUUUCCUCGUAUUGGGCAUUGUGAUUUUCGCAAGCCUAGUUUACUAUGCGGAACGUAUACAACCGAAUCCGCAUAAUGAUUUUAAUAGUAUCCCGUUGGGUCUAUGGUGGGCACUGGUCACGAUGACCACCGUCGGUUAUGGUGAUAUGGUGCCGAAGACCUAUAUUGGCAUGUUUGUGGGCGCAUUGUGUGCGCUUGCCGGUGUGCUAACGAUCGCACUGCCCGUACCCGUCAUUGUGAGCAACUUUGCCAUGUACUACUCGCAUACGCAAGCACGAGCCAAACUGCCGAAGAAACGGAGAAGAGUGCUUCCGGUUGAACAGCCCCGUCCACCAAGGUUGCCAGGUCAAACGGGCGGCGUUAGCGGUUGCGGUACACCCGGUUCCGGUCCCCAUUCCGGGCCAAUGGGAUCUGGCGGCACCGGUCCGCGGCGCAUGAAUAACAAAGCGAAGGAUUUGGUCAGUCCGAAGUCAGGUCCUAUCGGCGCCAGCAUUGUGGCGAUGAGUCCGCGCACUAUGUUGGACUUGAAUCCGGCAUUGGCGAUGAGCAAACCGACUUUCGAAUCAAAAGGUCCACCAAUCACCAGCAAGGAUAUCAAGGAUACGGCAAACAUACGCAAUCCACUGGAUGGCGGUGGCAAGAAGAACUUUUUAUAGAUGUAGUAUUUGUAUAAAAAGUAGUGAAGAAAUCAAUGAAAACAAAACACUAACCAAGAAUUGAAAAAAAUAGUAAAUAAAAAUUAUUAUGAAAAAUUAUAUGCGAAAGUAAGUGAACAUACGAAACUGUUUGAGAGUGAGAAGCAAAAGAAAAAACGACGCAAAAAGGUAGUAGAAGGGGUAACAAAAAGGGUAGUAGAAAGUGUAACAAAAAUGGUAGUAGAAAAAUUUAUUGAAAAAGGAAGAAAAAAGGGAGGGGAAAAGGUUGUGGCGAAAGUAGCAAAAAAGUAGUAGAAAGUGUGUCAGAAAAGGGAGUAAAAAAGGUAGUAGCUUAGCAUAAAAGCGGCAGAGCGUGAAUUGUACCAAACCAAAAUGCAUUUUAACUAAUUGAAUAAUUAAUUUAUAUACUACUUAGCUAAAAAAAUAAAUAACAAUGUAUGAAAAGAAUUGAAUUGAAACCUCCGCACAACGCGGGAAGCCUACUAGUUAUUUCUAAUAUACAUGCAUACAUACAUAUAUACAUUAAAUAGCAAAUUCUAAUAGCCUAAAUAUUUCUAACCAACUGCAUAAAUACAUAUUAACCUACAGCCAGCAUAACUUAUACUACUACAUACAUACUAUGGAUUUACCUAACAUAUUACCUACUACUUAACUAAAGCAUAUACCAACAAAAAAUACAUACCUGCAUACAUACUUAUAACCUAAACGCAACCAAAAUAACGCUUUUAUGCCAAAAAAUUAUGAUUGAAGAGAAGAGUUAGAAAUGUUGCUAAAUACCGCUACUUUAUGAAAACAAAGUAAAUAUAUGAAAAAGUACUAAAAAUUUCAACGCUCAACUCAAAGCUUCAAAAAACGCAGUUUACAAAGAAAUCUAUGUUUAAUCGGUGCAACGGUAUAUAAUUAUGAAAAUUCCAAGUAAUUAGAAACAGAAAAUAUUAUAUUUAUGUUAAAAAUAGUAAUUUUGGGAAACGAAGCGAAAUAGGGUGUCACAAAAUGAAAAUAAAGGGUGUUGCGUUAGUUUUUUUUUCAAGUCAGUGAUUUUUACAUUAUUCUAAAUAAUUUUUAACUAAACUUGCUGACACAAAAAAGGUAGUAGAAAAAGGUAGCAAAAAAAGUAGUAGAAAACGUUAGUAUGAAAAGUUUGCAGAAAUAAAAGUAUUAGUUUUCUGAAUCUAUUUAAAUGUUUGUGUAAAUUUUAGUUCUAUUCUUUUAUAUUUAUUUUGAAUAUGUUUAUUUUUUUACUAGUGUUAUUAUUAUUUUUUAUUUUUAAUAUUGUACUUCCAAAAACUCAACUGACAUAUCAGCCGCCAAUUGAUUUAUAUAUAAUAUAUACCUAUGCCUUCUAGAUAGCUUAAUAUAUGUAUAUUUUUUGUCAGAAUUUAUUAUUUUUAGAGUUUUAAUUAAAUAUUCUUCGCCAGUAUUCUAAAACCUUAGUCUUAUACGAAUCUAAGUAAAUAUUACAUAUCCAAGCCUCCUGAUCCGUUUAAACGUAUAUGCGUACCUAAAUACAUACAUACAUAUAUCAAGUGGUAACCAAUCGAAUUGAAAACACUUUUUCUUUUAACUAAGUCUAAAUUAGUGAGCGACUUUUAGAAAAAAAUAAAAUGUUAGCGUUUUUUUAUGCAAGAACUAAAUGAAAAAUUAUAGUAAAUUUAUAUAUAA